GAGGCGGAGCCCGGACAGGGAGGAAGUUUGGUCAUCUGACUCGGUGACCCGGGCACGGACGCUUCUUUCCCUGCAGCCGGGGCAAGAAGGCAGGUCGGAAGACCGCCGGGACAGACCUCGGAGCAGCCAUGCGACGGUCCCCGCACCUCGUCCCCGGGCUGCUGCUGGCGCUGGCGGCGCUGGCGGCGCAGGCGGCGCAGGCCCGGGCCCAGCAGGGACCGGCGCUGUGGCCGUACCCGCGCUCCGUGCAGAUGUCCCCGCAACUGCUGAACAUCGCCCCGGACAAGUUCCUCUUCGUCCACGGCCCCAAUUCCACCGCGGACCCCUUCUGCUCGCUGCUGCAGGAGGCGUUCCGGAGAUACUACAACUACAUUUUUGGUUCCUACAAGUGGCAUCAUAGCCCUGUUAACUUUGGAGAUGAACCCCAGUUACAGCGACUUCAGGUCACAAUUACCCUUGAGUCACAGUGUGAUUCCUUCCCUAAUAUAUCUUCAGAUGAGUCCUAUUCUCUGCUUGUGCAAGAACCAGUGGCUUUCCUCAAGGCCAACAGUGUUUGGGGAGCAUUACACGGUUUAGAGACGUUUAGCAACCCUGAACUACAAUCCGGACUGUCUUCUCCUGUGGUACCUAAUUCUUCCCGUGUUUGCUUUCAGGAUGCCAUGGCUUUUAACAAGUUUAAUGUUCUUCACUGGCACAUAGUGGACGACCAGUCUUUCCCUUACCAGAGUAGCACUUUUCCUGAGCUAAGCAAUAAGGGGAGCUAUUCUUUGUCUCAUGUGUAUACACCAAACGAUGUCCAUACGGUGCUUGAAUAUGCCCGGUUCCGAGGGAUUCGAGUUAUACCAGAAUUUGAUACCCCUGGACAUACACAGUCUUGGGGAAAAGGUCAGAAAGGCCUUCUAACUCCAUGUUACAGUCAAAGAAAGCAAACAAAAAAGGUCGGACCUAUAAACCCAAUUCUAAAUACGACUUAUACAUUCUUUACCCAAUUUUUCAAAGAAAUCAGCAGUGUUUUUCCAGAUCAGUUCAUUCACUUGGGAGGAGAUGAAGUGGAUUUUGGAUGCUGGGCAUCGAAUCCAAACAUCCAAAAUUUCAUGCAGAAAAAAGGCUUUGACAAAGAUUUUACAAGGCUGGAAUCUUAUUAUAUAAAAAAGAUUUUGGAUAUCGUUAAGUCCUUAAAGAAGAGCUCCAUUGUUUGGCAAGAGGUUUUUGAUGACAAAGUGGAGCUCCAGCAGGGCACCGUGGUUGAAGUGUGGAAGGGUGAAGAGUAUUUAGAGAAGCUAAAGGAAGUCACGUCAUCCGGCUUCCGGGCGAUCCUUUCUGCUCCGUGGUACUUAGACGUCAUUAGCUAUGGGCAAGACUGGAGAAACUACUACAAAGUGGAGCCUCUUAAUUUUGGAGGGUCUGAGUUGGAGGAAAAACUUGUCAUUGGUGGAGAAGCUUGCCUAUGGGGAGAAUAUGUGGAUAGCACGAACUUUACUCCAAGAUUAUGGCCUCGGGCAAGCGCUGUUGGUGAGAGACUCUGGAGUCCUAAAACUGUCACUGACCUAGGAGAUGCCUACAAGAGACUGGCGGCACACCGCUGCAGAAUGGUCAGCCGGGGCAUAGCUGCACAACCUCUUUUCACUGGCUAUUGUAGCCAUGAGUAUAAAACGGAAAGGUGAACAGAGAAGUCUACGGCAUUCUGAACUAUAAACAUGUUGAUUUUGAAAUCAUGUAAAAUUAAUAUUUGUUAGGCGGUUUUUUUAAAAUAAAUCAUCUUUUUAUUGAUUGAAUCUCUACCUGUAUCACUCACUGAAUACUGGCAUCUUUUAUGUGAGCAGCUUAAAAAAUAAAAGGAAAAGCUUUGUGAUUCCA